AUGUCUCUAAACCUCUAUCUAUCUAAACCUAUUCAUAUCUAUCUAUCUAUCUAUCUAAAACUAUUCCUAUUCAUCUAUCUAUCUAAACCUAUUCAUAUGUCUCUAAACCUGUUCAUAUCUAUCUAUCUAAACCUAUUCAUAUCCGUUAAAUAUUUCUUUUUUUCUCUUUCUUUCUUUCUUUCUUUUCUCUUUCUUUCUUUCUUUUCUUUCUUUCUUUUCUUCUUUCUUCUUUUUCUUUCUUUCUUUUUUUUUUCUUUCUUUUUUUCUUUCUUUCUUUUUUCUUUCUUUUCUUUCUUUUCUUUUUUUUUCUUUUCUUUCUUUCUUUUCUUUUUAUUCUUUUUUCUUUUUUCUUUAUUCUUUUUUUUUUUCUUUUAUUCUUUCUUUCUCUUUUUCUUUUAUUCUUUCUUUCUCUUUUUCUUUUAUUCUUUCUUUCUCUUUUCUCUUUUUCUUUCUUUCUCUUUUUCUUUCUUUCUCUUUUUCUUUCUUUCUCUUUCUUUCUUUCUUUUUCUUUCUUUCUUUCUCUUUCUUUUUUUCUUUUUCUUUCUUUCUUUCUUUUUUCUUUCUUUCUUUCUCUUUUUCUUUCUUUCUUUCUUUCUUUCUUUCUUUCAUUUUCUCACGGAAUUCCAAUUUUCUUUUUCUUUUUCAUCGUUGUAUUCUUUCUUCUAUCCCUCUUUUUCUUUCAUUUACGCUUUUUGGCCUCUUCAUUUUUCUUCUCUUUUGUAUAUUUAUUCUUCUACAUUAUUAUCCUUCGCUUCAUUCUCCUCUUCCUCCGCCUUCUCCUCAUCAUCGUCAUUUUUUCUUUCGAUCUUCUUCUUCAUUUUCCUUCUUGAACAGUUAAUCUUUCUUCUCUUCUCCUUUUUCCUUAUUAAUGUUUCUUUUGGUUUUCCUUUCUUUUCUAUUAUUCUUCGACUUUCCUUCCUCCACCCCACCUCGUUCACAUCUAGUUCGCAGGUUUCAUGUCUCAUGAACAAUUGUGAAUUCUUUAUUUUUCUUCUUCUUCAAAUCAUUUAA